AUGGCCAUAACUUCUCCAUUCAAGAAAUUAACACAUAGUCGUGAGAGUUCAAGAGAUGAGACUUCAUCAUCGGGUCAAGCUUCCACGCAUCUAAGGAAAUCAUCUAGAAACAAGAACGCACCCACAGCGGCUCCUCAAAGAAGUUCACAAGGUCAACACCAAAGCUCUAUAUCAUCACAAGGAGGCGGUGGUAACAAUGGCUUGAAUAAGAAGACAAAUACCAUUACAAGUGUCAAAUCAACAUCUUCAUCAAAUUCAGUUGCUUUGGCUCAACAAUACGAAAGUGAUAAGAAUAGGUUGAUCAAGUAUUGUUUUUCAAAGUAUGAAGCGGAUGGUGCAUUAAGUGAAAGUUAUAUCACCCAUGUUCGUUUGAUUGAGGAUUCAGCGUUUCCAUCAUCUAAACCACCACCAAAUUCACAAGCUUCAAAUAAGAAGAAUCGUAUAUUAGCAUUAGCAGUUCAGAAGAAUGGUACAGUUAGACUUCAUAAGGGUAGGGAAAAUCCAAAUGGCUCAUUCCAAAUUGGUAGAACUUGGAACAUUAAUGAAUUAUCAAGAUUAGUCAGAGAACCGACUAGUGAUACCGGUUUUUUGGUGAGAUUAGGGAAAGAUUAUUAUUGGGAAACAAAUAGCACAAAAGAAAGACAGGUUUUUGUUACAAGUUUAGUAAGGAUUUAUAGAAAGUUCACCAAUGGGUUUUUACCAAUUUUGAUAAACUGGGAUUUUGGUAUUUUUGGAUUAGAUGAAGAACAAUAUAAAUCAUUCAUUGAUAAAAGAUGGCUAACAGACUCAAGAAAGGCAUCAACUGUUUCAGUCCCAAAAUCGAAACCUUCAUCGGCAGUUCCUUCUCCUGUUCCAAGUGCUGCUCAAGUUGCUGGUGUUGUUCCACCAAAUCAAUCUAAAGCACAAGCCCCAGUACAUCAAAAGGCCCCUAUGGUUUCUUCUGGAUCUCAACCACAGACUCAAAGAUCUGUGAAUCAUCAACUGCCUCAGAAAACACCGGUACCAAGUGUUGCUUCAACUUCAACAAAGUCAAUUCCUUCACCACAAUCGCCAAAUAGACCAAAUCCACAAUCUGAGUACAAAUCACUUUCUCCACCAAAAAGAGAAUAUCCAUCAUUUAAUGAAAAGAAAAACCAAUACGUCCCAAAUAAAGCUGCUCCAACUGGUGUACAAAACCAAGGAAUACCACCUAGAAGACCAUCACAACAAUCAGCUAAAAAUACACCUCCACCACAACAACCACAAUUCACAGCUUCAAGAAGACCAUCUGAACAAUCAAGUAGACGUCCAUCUGAACAUGGACAUCCUUAUGCUAGAAAAUUAUCUGAGCCAAAUGUUGCACCAGCUUCAAGUUCUGCGUCAACUAUCUCAUCUCGUGAUCUUCAAAACAGAAACCAAGUUCAACAAUCAAGAGGCCUUAUCAAUAAAGAACCAUCAUUUUCAAGGUCUAACUCUCAACAGCAACAACACGUUGCUCCUCUGGCUACUACUGCACCAUUACAGUCUAAAGAUGACGUGAAACAAGAAUAUAAUUCAAAUGAAGAAUUGUCAAUUGAGAAUGAAAUAACACAACAAUUAGAUUCAAUGAAAUUGGGAGGCGUUACAAAUGAUGAUGCUGGUAGCUCACUAGCUCCUUCAUCCGCCUCGAGUAAUCAAAAAUCCAUCAAAGACGUUGAAAUUGUUGCCCAUAGAAGAUCAAUGUUGGAAUUUGAACAAGACCAAGAUGAUGAAGACAGCGAUGAGGAUGAUGAUAUUACCGGUCUUUACCAGGAUGCUUAUGAAGAACAUCAGCCUUCACCACAAAAAGCCAAAACUUCUGCAAUUAGUCAACAACAUCUGGAAGCUGACAUUUUGCCUAAAAAAUUAGAACAAGAAGUUGAUUCGGGUCCUGAACCAUUCCCAGAGAAGGAAAUUCAACCUGAUCAAUCUUAUGAAAAUUCGUUUGAUACCCAAGAUGAUUCUCAAGAGCAUAUUGCUGUAUUGAAUACCCCAGCAACUAUUACCAAUCGCUCAGAUGAUGAAGAUUAUGAUGACUUGAAUGAGGUUCCAGAAACACCCCAUUUGGAAAUUCCUAGAUCAAAAAGAAGAGAUAGAAGCAACACCGUUGAUUCCGCAAUUAGUGCUACAAUUCCUGGUCUUGAUGAUUCCGAAUCAUCUUCUUUAGAUGAUAUAUUCGAUGAAAUUAACUGGGAAACACUUGACGAUUCAGAAACUUUGACGCAAAAGUUAAUAAAUGAGUUGGAAAAUACUGAAUAUCAAACUACUAAAAAUUUAAUUGAUUUAAAAUCAAAGUCUUCAACUUUAGGAAAAUAUUCAUCCAAAAUCGAUGAAGAAUGUGAUAAAUUAUCACCUCUGCUAAAUUUCUUUGCUGUUGAAUUGAGUGGUUUUGUUCGGGACAUUCAACAUGUCGAGACAGAAAGUAAAGGUUUACAGGUUGAAACUAGUAACAAAAAGAAUUUGUGGAAUGAUUUGCAAGAUUUAUUAAAUACUGUCUCAGUAGAUGAAAAGUCAUUAGGGUUUUUGUUGACAGGUGAUAUUGAUCAGGACCUUCCAACCAUUGAAAGUAUUUUGUCUGAUUUACAAUCUGCAAUUGUUGCGAUCAGGGGUUCUGAUAAAUUUGAAGAAGAUCUUGGUAAUAUGAAAGCUUUGAAAGACAGACGUGCCAAAUACGAAAACGUAUUACACCAGUUUUUCCAAAAAGUAAAGCAAGAAUUGAGUUAUAGAUUCCAAUAUUAUGUCAGAAAGGUUGGUAAAAAUCCAAACAAUCAAAAUAUUUUGGAGCAAUUUUCAAACUUAAUGGUAUACACUGGUUUGACUUUAUUCACCAAAGAGGUAUCAUCUGAAAUGUUUUAUGAGAUUGUUACUGCUUAUGAAAAUUCAACAAACCCAUUAUAUCAAAGUAUUUUUAACACUUUAAAUAGUGAAUUAAUCGAAUUUUUACAACAACGUGAAAGAUUUUCUCUGGUGAGUCCAAAUGUUUAUUCAAGGUCACAUAAGUCUCAUAAGCCUGCAAAACGCACAGUUGAUACUCAAGAAAGAUUAAGAGAAAGAUUUGGUAUUGCUGAUCCUGUUACAAAUACCGUUCCAGAUGUCACUAACUCAAUUAACUCGAGUAUUUUACACACUUUUGAGAAAGUUCACAACACUAUUGGUUCUCAACAAGAUUUAUUGUCAAGAAUUUUCCAUUUAACGAAUGUUGAGCAGACACUUCAAUCAUAUAUCGAGAAGUUUCCAAUACAAGAACGUACAAACAUUUUAAGCAAAAAGCUAGAUGAUGUUGAUUAUGACAGAAACAAUUCAAAGGAUAUUUUCAAUUCUAUGCAUUCUAUUUUCCAACCAAGUUUUGAUGAGUUUAAUAAAUCGGUAAUUCUGUUGUUAAGAGAAAAUCAAAGACAUACACCAUUUGUUGUAUCUUAUUUAGAAUUGUUAAAAGUUAAAUUUGGAAGUACCAGUCAAGAAUUUUUAUUCUCUAAUUUGAAAAAACUUGGUGACAGAUUGAAAUUAGAUUGGUUGAAAUUUAUUGAAAAUCAAGCUAAGAUUAUAGAAAAAUCUACAUUAGCACACAGAAAAGUUUCUGAAAUUUCAGUGGUUGUUACUAAUUUUACGUCAUUUGUGGAUGAAAGUGAAUUAUCUUUGAAUGAACUGGCUGCUGAUGUAUUUGACACCAACACACUGGAAAUGAGAUCUCUAUUGGAUCAAUCUUAUGAAAAGUUGGCCAAUACCAUUUUGAAGAAUCUUGCAACUGACCAAGAUGGCCAGAAAUUUUCUAAAUUCAAGUUACAUGAUGAUUCAGAGUACACUGAAAAAUUGACAUAUAGCAUUAAUUUAGUUCAAAACUCAAACUGGUUGAUUGAAUCAUUAUCAACCUAUAAACUUCCAUGUUUAGAACAACCUUUGAAUUCAUUCAAGGAAAUGUUUGUCGUCUCUAAAGACGAUUAUGUGAAUGCUUUGGUUCAUGAUAAUUUUGGUAAAAUAGCUGAUUUUGUCACUGACGUCGAAAAUUUGUUGAAAGAUACAUCCUCAAAAGCAGUUGAUCCAUCGAAGAGAAAUGCAUAUAAUAGAACAACUUUAAAUAAGCUUCUAUCUGGUUAUACACAAACUGAAAUAUCCAAGAUAAUCACACAUCUUAGAGAAGUUGUUUCUAACCAUUUUUCUGGUAACUCAUCAGAUAUUCAAAGACAAUUAAUCGAUAAAAUCUGGUCAUCAUUACAAGCUCAAUUUGUGUCUAUUACUAUUAGGUUACAAAAUAUUACUGAGAAGUAUUAUAAAGACACUGAACCAAGAUAUUCCAAAAGAGAUGUCAUUGCCUUUUUCAAUUCUGCUAGAAUUUAA